AUGGCGUACUGGUACAUGACGACCUCGCGACGGAGUUGGGAAUCCAGCGCUACCGCCUCGGCUCCCGGUGUAGACACUGGAGAGACGGCACUGCCGUCUGCAGAGAGUCAUAACUCUCUACCUGAACGAUGGGCUCUACUGUUCAAGCAAGAGACACGAGACGCGUUCAAUGUUGGAGAUGAAGAAACCAAAAGCAAGGUGUCAAAGACAAGGCAUGAGAUUCAAGCGACGUACAGCUCUCUAACAGACGGUAAAAAGAGCGGGAUUCUGACGGGUGAGGACCGUCUUUUGCUAGCAACUCUCGCGGCCAAAGAGACGUUGGCCAGCUUUCUCGGACGGUCGCUGAAACCAAAGGAGUUUGAGAGCAACGCAGGACAGUUAGAGGCAAUCGUAACGAGGAUCCAUGAGGCUAAGGUCAGAAGCGACUCUAUGAAGUCCGCGGGAAGUCUCAGCCAGUCUACGCCGUCCCUGGGUGAAGAUAAAUCAGAACCUGGCCGUUGA